AGUUUAAUUCGGUACAGUUCUGCAGUUUAGGUUUUCUAUUUCCUUUCUCAAUUUCGGGUCUCCGUUUGCUUUCUGCCUUACAUCCUGUUCAUCCGCUCACUCGCUGCUGCUGUUGAAGGCUGUCGUUGAAGGCUACCACCGUUGAAGGUUCGCUGCCGUCGAAGGCUCGCCACUGUUGAAGGCUUUGCCGCACUCUGCCAUCGCCGAACUGUCGAAGGUUCUACCACCAUCGUCGAAGACUCUGAGAACACUUCUCCUUUAGCUGGAAAGAGAAGCAAAUCUGGAACCUAAGGUGAAUUCUUGGCACUUACUGGAGGAAGGUUGAGUGGGAAGUUCAAUGACUACAAAGUUAUAAUGUUUGCAUAACACAUGGUUCAAGAUUCAAGAAUAUUUGAGGUGUAUUUUUAAGAUCGAGAGUAGACAAUUUCAAUACCUGAGAAAUUUUGUACCAUAGAUGUGGAGUUACAAGGUUAGACUUGAAAAGUACACUAAAAAAUAAUUGAGGGUGGUUUUCUUAGUGUUUGAGUGCUUAUCAAUAUUUUUAUAUUUUGGGUCCACUGAUGCAGCAAUAAAUCCUGGGAACAGGUUAUACUAGGCUCCUUUCCAUAUAUGAACAAGAAAUAGUUCCCUACACCACCACACUAUUCUUCCUACACCACCACAUCCUUAUCUUCAAUUUUAUUUUAUUCCAAAACUAACCUUCAGUAAAUUUAUUUUUACUUUUACCCAAUAAAAAGCCCAGAUCUGUUGCGACCCACGAACAAGGCUCGCAUGAGAGGUCAGGCACGUCGAGACCGCGGCACCGUCAGUUAUUAAGAUUGUAACAAAAACAGUUCAUCGACUUUAAGAUGGAGCUCACUAUUACGCAACCUGAUGAUUGGCAUCUUCACCUUCGUGAUGGUUCUCUUCUUGAAGCUGUCCUCCCUCACAGUGCUAAGAAUUUUGGAAGGGCUAUAGUGAUGCCAAAUUUGAAACCACCCAUCACUACCACAUCUGCCGCUGUCACUUAUCGUGAGUCCAUUUUGAAAGCAAUACCUACAGAUAGCAACUUCAAUCCUCUCAUGACACUUUACCUCACAGACUUGACUACGCCUGAUGAGAUUAAACUUGCAAAAAAAAGUGGAUUUGUGUAUGGUGUGAAGUUGUAUCCUGCUGGUGCCACUACGAAUUCCCAAGAUGGUGUUACAGAUCUUUUUGGAAAUUGUUUUUCUGUUCUCGAGGAAAUGGUUGAGCAAAAUUUACCAUUAUUGGUUCACGGAGAGGUUACAAAUUCAGAUGUAGACAUAUUUGACCGAGAAAAGGUCUUUAUUGAAACAAUUUUGGAGCCUUUAAUUCAAAGGCUUCCACAGCUGAAGGUUGUAAUGGAGCAUAUUACUACUGCAGAUGCUGUUAAAUUUGUAGAGUCUUGCAAAGAAGGUUUNGUAGCAGCAACCGUAACACCACAACAUCUUCUUCUGAAUCGUAAUGCUUUGUUCCAAGGUGGCUUACAGCCUCACAAUUACUGUCUUCCAGUGCUCAAAAGAGAGAUCCAUAGACAGGCUAUUGUUUCGGCUGUUACUAGUGGAAGUAAACGAUUUUUCCUUGGAACUGAUAGUGCACCACAUGAUAGGCGAAGAAAGGAAUGUUCAUGUGGAUGUGCUGGGAUAUACAACUCCCCGGUAGCUCUAUCACUAUAUGCCAAGGUUUUUGAAGAGGCCGGUGCACUUGAUAAGCUGGAGGCUUUUACAAGCUUUAAUGGGCCUGACUUCUAUGGCCUCCCAAGAAAUAAGUCAAAGAUUAAACUGAGGAAAGGUCUUUGGAAAGUACCUGAUUGUUUUUCAUUUCCAAUUGGAGACAUUGUUCCCAUGUAUGCUGGUGAAACCCUUGAAUGGGAGGCAUUGCCUUGGUGACUUGCAUGUCUAUUUCAAAGUUCGGUAUCCUUCAGUAAUCUUGUUCUAGUCUUAUCAGUCAGUUCUGCGUUUAUUUUGCAGACUGUUAUCAUUUCCAUUUUCUAGGUCAGGCUCAGGUAAGUUUCAUUAUAAACCAAAGCACUGACGGUGAUUCAUAAAUUAUUGGUUGUUUAACUGGGAAUUUUGGUAAUAUUCAGAACUUUGAUUAGGCAAUUUGGUUGUUCGGAUUUUAUAAAUAAACGCUGCUUAAAUUU